GCUGCCGACGAUGGCGUCAAUGUUUCUGUUUGUAGUACGCAUUUCAGCUUACAUCGACGAAAAUCCUUUCAAUCACCUGUCUUGGAAGCUGCGUGGAUAUACAGAAAGUUCUUCAUCAUCUCUGUUUUGACAGAAUUCAUCACUCCAUUGAAUUCGCAGUUUCCACGGACAGCAUGGCCAUUGGAGGCAAAUAGUGUUGCGUGUAUCCUUGUCUUCGUGAAAGAUCCUGCUGCAGCAUACAGUUAGAGUGAGAAAGAUCACUGGAAGACCAGGAAACGGACAAUGCGACCAGGCAAACCACCUAUUGGGGGAUCUCGGAUGUAUCGCAUGCGCAGACCAAUGCCAAGGAGCUGCCUAUCGGCCGCUUUGUUUGGAUUGUUUUGUCUUGGAUUUGUUGUCGAGGAUUUUGUAGACGGCUUCACCCUCGCAAACUACAAUGCAAGAAAGUUAUCAGUCGAGACAUCUUUCUGGAGGGAAAAUCGGCCAAGAGAUGGCUUGUUGAUGACAGCCGAAAGCGAUGAUGAAGGUGAUACCCAUGACGACUUUGGGGAAGAUGACCUACCGAGUGCUGGUGUAGUGUUUGAUGACUUGAAUUGGAGAGUUGAAAAAUUGAAACUAGAGGAAGCCAACACACGUCGCCUACUCAAGUCAAAGCCUCGCUUUCUGCCCUACGAUGAAUGUUCUAAGUGGGUGCAAGCCUUUGGCCGGUGGGAAACCGAAGAAGAUUGGACAAGUUGGAUAGAAAUGGGAGAGAAACGAAACUCUUAUAUUCCUUCCCGGCCCGACGAAUACUAUGGACGCCUCGGACAGUGGAUAUCUUGGGAUCACUUUUUAGGAGUAUCAAGCAAGAAGGAUCAGAGCGGCUAA